AUGAAUUACCUCGACAGAAAUGCCAUCGGCUCGGCAAGGCUGGGCGGUUUGGAGAAAGACUUGGGUCUGACUGGCAAUGAAUUUCAGACUUGUGUUUCGAUUCUUUUUGUGGGGUACAUCCUGAUGCAGGUACCUUCAAACAUGUUCCUGAACAAGAUCGGACGUCCUGCGAUCUAUCUGACGGGAUGCAUGUGCGUUUGGGGCGUGUUAUGUGCCUGCAGCGGCGCAACACAUAGCUUUGGCGGACUGGUGGCAACUCGAUUCUUUCUUGGGUUUGUUGAAGCAGCCUUUUAUCCAGGCUGCCUCGCAACUCUCAGCUCAUGGUACAUUCGUAAAGAACUUGGCGUCCGUACCGGACUAUUCUACAGCGGCUCCAUGCUUUCGGGGGCUUUCUCGGGUCUAAUCGCAGCCGGCAUCACGAACGGCAUGGACGGCGCCCGCGGCCUGCUAGCCUGGCGUUGGCUCUUCAUCAUCGAGGGAUCGCUUACCGUCGCUAUUGCCCUCGGCGCGUUCUUCGUGCUGCCAGACUUCCCAGCCAAUACCAAGUGGCUGACAGACCAAGAACGACAGCUGGCCAUGUGGCGCAUGGAAGUCGACGCCGCGGGCGAGGAGGAUUGGACGAGCUCAUCAUCGCAGCCCAUCUUUGACGGCUUCAAGAUGAUCAUGGUUGAUCCUAUCAACUGGAUUCUUGUCGUACUUGUCUACGGCGCCGCGUCCUCGAUUUCGAUUAAUAGCUUCUUCCCCACCGUCGUUGCGAGUCUCGGAAAGGAUCGCAUCACAACGCUGCUUCUUACUUCGCCGCCUUACCUCCUGGCAUGCAUCGUUUGCGCGGCAGUAUCUUGGAACGCCGACCGUAUGAACGAGAGGUACUGGCACACCGUCGCCCCGCUGGCUUGCUCGCUCGUCGGAUUCAUCAUCUCCAGCGCCGCGACAGGCAUUGGACCCCGAUACUUUGGCGCCAUGAUCAUGCUUCCUGGGAUCUAUACUGGCUUUAAUAUGUCCAUGGUCUGGACUGCUAACACGAUCUAUCGACCUACGGCGAAGCGCGCCGCUGCGGUGGCGUUUAACAACGCGUUUUCUACGCUCUCAGGCAUCUACGGAUCUUACUUGUACCCCAACAACGCGACACCAAGGUUCGUCUUAGCUUUCAGUGUGAAUGCUGCGAUGGCAUUGAUGGCGAUUGUUGCUGCCACUGUGUUGCACUUUGUUCUGAAGAGAGAGAACAAGAAGUUGGAGAUGAGGGAGCAAGAAGCUGAGGCUGCUGGGCAGGCGCAACUCAUUGGAAAGGGUUUCAGAUAUCUUAUUUGA